UAGGACUUGCCGUUAAUGCAUGUUAUUUCUUUCUCGUGGACUGCUAUAAAUUGGUCUAUUUGAAGCAGGUUAUAAAGCGCAUUAGGUGAUUCCAAUGCAAGUAAACCCGGACAGUCAAAAAAUGACUUGAAUUGUGUCAAAAACUGGAAUUAUUUCAAAAGACUCAUGUUUUAAUAGGUCGCGUCAAUCGUCAUUAUCCCAGUUUACGUCAAGCUGAGCUCUAUGCAACGCCGUGUUAAUUACUGACUAUAUCGUUAGACGUGUCAACCAGUAGUAUAUAGUUCAUUAUUCCUCAAUUAUUUUUUACAUCGAAACGACUCGUCGUUCAUCUAAACUAAAGGCAGUGCAUGAUGACUUCGACCCGAAUUUGAAGGCCUACUGAAAUACACAGAACGUUACGAAAUACCACUUGAGCAGAAGAUUGAUUUCCAGACGAAUCCAGCAUGCCUGUUUCACUUGGUGAAUGGCGGGUGCGGAUAGGAAGAUUCGUACAUUCAAUCAGGGAGUACGUCAUAAGAGAGCGAAAAGAAAAGUUAUUGAGGGAGAGAAUCCGGCGACUUAAGUUAUUGCAUAAGAGACUCCUUGAAAAGAAGGACAAAUCUGAAGAUAAAUGCGAGUCCAAGCAAGACGACUUGUGCGCUAAAUUAGAUAAUGCCUCAAAUGAUUAUAGUAUCAUUAAUAACGACUGCAGAAGUAGAAGUGAAUCUACGAUUGAAGAGACCACCACUCAAACGGAAUCAACCACAAAUCAUAAGAGCAAUGGAGAUUACUCUACAUUCCCUUUCUUCUUCAUCCUGUUGCUGUCAUUGUUCUCUAUAUUGUUCUCUUUGAUCUUCUUCUUUGUCGUUGAUUCGUCAAAUUUGCUAGAUUGUUACAAGCCUUUUCUGAACUGGUGUGGUGAAUCUACCUGGAGGAGUACAUGUCUUAGAAUAAUUGUGUGCAGCAGUUUGGCCUACAUUGUUUUGUCAUGCGUUAUAAAUAACAAUGAGGACGUGCAAGCUAAGCUGGUGCUUGUCGGGGAUGAGAACGGAAAACUUAAAGCGAACAAAACUCCAACUGAAUCUACGAGCGGAGCAACCAACACUUCAACUGGAACUACCAUCAAAUCGCACAACUCUCAAACUGCAUCAAACAUUAAAGAGAACAACACUGAGACCGAAUCUACCAUCAACGAAAACAGCACUCCAACUAAAUCUACCAUAAAAAUGGACAACACUCUGACUGAAUCUAGAAUGAAAGAUAACAACACUCCUACUAAGUCUACCAUCAAAGACGACAACUCUACGAGUGAAUCUACCAUCAAAGACAAGAGGACUCUAACUAAAUACACCACUAAAAAGAACAAUAUUCCAACUGAAUCUAAAAUCAAAGAGAGGAACACUACAAUUGAAUUUACCAAAGAAUGCAACUACACCCCACCAAAUGCUACCAUCAAAGAGAGGAACGCUCUCUCUACCAUGAGGGAUGGACCAUCAGAGAGAAAAACAUCAAAGACUACAACAUCAAAGAAAAAAAACAUCAAUGAGAAAAUUACUAAAACCAAAUUUACCAUCAGAGAGAACAGCACUCUAACCGAGUCUACAAUCAAAGGCAGCAUCACUCGAACAGAACGUCAUAUCGAAGACGGCAACACCCUCGCAACUAUGACAGACAAACUGUCAACAAGAAAAAUAACGAGAAAAACACUGACACUGAAAACAAAAUCGACAAUGAAAAAAACGACCAAAGAGAAAACUACAACUGAAACUACCAUCAAAGCAAACAACUGUCCAAAUGAAUCGGACAGUAAAGAUAGCAACACUCCAAGUGAAUCCACCAUCAACAAGAACAGCACUAAAACUGAAGUCGCCCUCAAAGAGAACAGCACUCCCUCCACCAUAAAAUACACAUUUUUAAAGAGAAAAAGAGUAAGGAGAAAAAGAGCAAAGAGAAAAACCGCCAAAGACAAAAACAUCGCAACUGAAUCUAACAUUAAAGGGAACACCACUAUAACUGCAUCUACUUUUAAGGAAACGGGCGCCUCAACUGAAUCUACCAUCAAAGACAACAAGACUCCAAUUGAAUCUACCAUCAAAGACAACAAGACUCCACCUGAAUCUACCAUCAAAGACAACAAGACUCCAAUUGAAUCUACCAUCAAAGACAACAAGACUCCAAUUGAAUUUACAAUCAAAGACGAAAAUACUCCAACUGAAUCUACCAUCAAAGACAACAAGACUCCAAUUCAAUCUACCAUCAAAGACAACAAGACUCCAAUUCAAUCUACCAUCAAAGACAACAAGACUCCAAUUCAAUCUACCAUCAAAGACAACAAGAUUCCACCUGAAUCUACCAUCAAAGACAACAAGACUCCAAUUGAAUCUACCAUCAAAGACAACAAGACUCCAAUUGAAUCUACCAUCAAAGACAACAAGACUCCAAUUCAAUCUACCAUCAAAGACAACAAGACUCCAAUUGAAUCUACAAUCAAAGACAAAAAGACUCCAAUUGAAUCUACCAUCAAAGACAACAAGACUCCAAUUGAAUCUACCAUCAAAGACAACAAGACUCCAAUUGAAUCUACCAUCAAAGACAACAAGACUCCACCUGAAUCUACCAUCAAAGACGACAAGACUCCAAUUGAAUCUACCAUCAAAGACAACAAGACUCCAAUUGAAUCUACCGUCAAAGACAGCAAGACUCCAAUUGAAUCUACCAUCAAAGACAACAAGACUCCAAUUCAAUCUACCAUUAAAGACAACAAGACUCCAAUUCAAUCUACCAUCAAAGACAACAAGACUCCACUUGAAUCUAACAUCAAAGACAACAAGACUCCAAUUGAAUCUACCAUCAAAGACAACAAGACUCCAAUUGAAUCUACAAUCAAAGACAACAAGACUCCAAUUGAAUUUACAAUCAAAGACAAAAAGACUCCAACUGAAUCUACCAUCAAAGACAAAAAGACUCCAACUGAAUCUACAAUCAAAGACAAGACUCCAAUUGAAUCUACCAUCAAAGACAACAAGACUCCAAUUGAAUCUACCAUCAAAGACAACAAGACUCCAAUUCAAUCUACCAUCAAAGACAACAAGACUCCAAUUCAAUCUACCAUCAAAGACAACAAGACUCCAAUUGAAUCUACCAUCAAAGACAACAAGACUCCAAUUGAAUCUUCCGUCAAAAACAAUAAGACUCCACCUGAAUCUACCAUCAAAGACAACAAGACUCCACCUGAAUCUACCAUCCAAGACAACAAGACUCCAAUUGAAUCUACCAUCAAAGACAACAAGACUCCAAUUGAAUCUACCAUCAAAGACAACAAGACUCCAAUUCAAUCUACCAUCAAAGACAACAAGACUCCAAUUCAAUCUACCAACAAAAAGAACAACACUACACCUGAAUCUUUCAACAAAGACAACAAGACUCCAAUUCAAUCUACCAUCAAAGACAACAAGACUCCACCUGAAUCUACCAUCCAAGACAACAAGACUCCAAUUGAAUCUACCAUCAAAGACAACAAGACUCCAAUUGAAUCUACCAUCAAAGACAACAAGACUCCAAUUCAAUCUACCAUCAAAGACAACAAGACUCCAAAUGAAUCUACCAUCAAAGACAACAAGACUCCAAUUCAAUCUACCAUCAAAGACAGCAAGACUCCAAUUCAAUCUACCAUCAAAGACAACAAGACUCCAAUUCAAUCUACCAACAAAAAGAACAACACUACACCUGAAUCUGACAACAAAGACAACAACUCUACGAAAGAAAAUUCCAUCAAAGACAGCAACACUCUAACUAAAUCUACAAUCGAAGAGAACAACGCUGCAGCUGAAUCUACCACCAAAUACAACGACAAUUCAAUUGAAUCUCCCGUCAAAGACAACAACUCUAGAGGUGAAUCUACCAAAAAAGAGAGCAUCACUACACAUAUAUCUGCUAUUGAAGAGAAAAACUUUCCUUCAAGAACUCCUACUGAAGAGAAAAACAAUCAACCCAUGAAAGUAAACAACGUGCAGGCAAAGUAUACCAUAGGAUCCGGAACCCAAAAGGUACUAUCAGACGGAAAACAAAGUAUUUCAAGUCAGGUUCCCAGGACUCUGGAA